AUGAAAAACUUGAUUUUAAAACAUUCAAACCUCAAUCAAACUAACGAUACCGUAUGCGUGUACACUCCUUAUGAGCAACGUCUGGAGACCUACCUCAUACCCAUUUUAUUUUUUAUUAUUUUCAUAGUGGGGGUAAUUGGAAAUGGAGUGCUCGUAGUAAUAUUCAUAAGACAUCCUACAAUGAGAUCAAUUCCAAACACCUACAUAUUCUCAUUAGCUUUAGCUGAUUUACUAAUUCUCAUCACUUGCGUGCCGUUCACCUCCAUAGUUUAUACAACGGAAACGUACCCCUGGGGUGAAGCAGUUUGUAAAAUAUCAGAAUGCGUCAAAGAUAUAACUGUUGGGGUGUCUGUAUUUACACUUACAGCUUUAUCUGUCGAGCGAUACUGUGCCAUUGCGAAUCCUUUAAGGAAAUUACACACCAAAUCUAUUGCUAAAUUUACUGUUACUCUAAUAUGGAUCGUUGCAACCGCUUUUGCUUUGCCAAAUCUGGUUUUUAGUGGGAUUAGGACUAGGCCCAAAUAUGACUCUAUUGGAAGAGACAAUGAUACACUUCAGAUUUGCUAUCCUUUCCCAGAGAUUGAGAACUACGAGCAGUAUAGCAUAGUGAUAAAAUUUUUUAUUUACUACGUCAUACCGUUAUUUAUCUUAGGAUAUUUUUACAUUUUAAUGGCCAUUCAUCUACAUACGAGCACCAAAAGGAUGCCAGGCGAUGUUCAACAUACCCAAGGUAUAUCUCAAGUCAGAUCAAGGAAGCACCUCGCUAGAAUGGUACUCGUUUUUGUUUUCUUGUUUUUUAUUUGCUUUCUGCCUCAGCAGAUAUUUUUGCUCUGGUUCUUCUUAAAUCCAAAGUCAGAAGAAGAGUAUAACGAAUGGUGGCACGCCCUUAAAAUGAUUGGAUUUUGCUUGAGUUUUCUUAAUUCCUGCGUAAAUCCAGUGGCUUUAUACUGCAUAAGCGGAGUGUUCCGGGCCUAUUUUAACCGAUAUUUAUUCUGCAAGGGUCCCACGUGGUCACCGCAGGAAAAUUCAUUUGCAACCAUUAGCUUUUCCGCUAGUUCAACAAUGAGGAAACGGAUUUAG